AUGACCCCGAUUCGAUGUGCAACAUUAUCCUCUCGCACGACGUCCAAGUGCAAUACUUUGCAAAAUUCGUCUUUCCGGGGAGGGAAAGCGCGUCGCGAAUUAGUUAUUCAAAUGGCCGCUACGAAAGAGAAAAAAAACGCAGAUCUUGUGCGUCUUACGGACCUCUUGAAUGCCCAGGAAACAAUGGUUGUUGCCGCAGUAAAUUAUAAAGGCUUAUCGGUGAAGAAUAUGAUCAAAUUCCGACGAGAACUUCCAGAUGGCGCCACGCUAAUGAUAGCUAAGAACACGUUGAUGCGAAAAGCGAGUGAAAAUACGAAAUUCUCGACAAUAAGUGAGUGUUCUAAAGGAAUGAAUGCUUGGUUAUUCGUCGAUGAAAAUGUUGCACCAACCUUCAAGAAGUUUAGAUCAUUGGCAAAAGAUUGGAAAAAAGAGGGCGCAGAGAUUGAUUUUACAGGUGCUGUAUUGGAUGAGAAGUUUUUGUCGCCUUCUGAACUUAAACCUCUGGAGUCUCUACCGACUAAGAUGGACUUAAUUCAAAAGAUAGCUGUCGGCCUUAAACAAGUUCCUACAAAAGUGGCACGCGGCACUAAGCAAAUCCCAUCAAGAAUUGGAUAUGGAGUUCGUGCUAUUGCAAAUAGUGAAAGUGAUUUGAUAAGUGAAUAA